AUGCAUAGAAAAACUUUUACCAAAUUAUUUUUGUUCAUUCUUUUUUCCAAUUUAUUGUUAUCAACCUUUAUUGUUGAUUCCAAAACAAUAACUACCACCACAACAAAAACCGUCACUACAACUUCUUCCAUUUGCAAACCUAAACCCACCUCUAAUCUUAGUUGCCCUCAAAAUGAUGAUCAUCACGGCGAUUUUAAAGAAACAUAUGAUCUAAAAAAACGAUCUCAUAAAAAACAUAAACCUGUUCCUUGUAAAACUAUUACUUGUACUCUUACAAAAACCGAAUGUGUUACUCCAACACCUACAUGUGAUAUAACAACUACCACCGCAACAAUAACUGUCACUACAACCACUGCUAAUUGCUCACCCACGCCUACUCCUAAUCUUAAUUGUCCUCAAAAUGAUCUAAAAAAACGGUCUCAUAAAAAAAAUAAAUUUAUUCCUUGUCCAAUUGUUAGUUGUACCCUUACACAAACUGAAUGUGUUACUCCAACGCCUACAUGUGAUAUAACAACUACCACCGCAACAAUAACUGUCACUACAACCACUGCUAAUUGCUCACUCACGCCUACUCCUAAUCUUAAUUGCACUCAAAAUGAUCUAAAAAAACGGGUUCCUUGUCCAACUGUUA